AAAAUCUUUUAGCCUAAAUAGUAAAACAAAUAGUGAAACUUACGCAGACGGUCAAAAGGUCAAAUAUACUUGCAAAUAUAAUGCUACUUGUAUUAGGUGUUUUUUCAGUGGGAAACGUUGAUCACUUGGUUACAAUCAUUAUGAUGAGGAUGAAACAACUCUCAGUGGUAAACAGCAUAAUCUAAAAAUGAAAAGUACCAUUACUGUAAGGAUCAGCUUUAUAAUAUUAUUAUUACUUGUCCUAAAUGUUUCUAAUAAUACAAACUCCAAAAAACUUCAAAUUGGAAUUAAGAAGAGACCUAAAAAUUGUACAAUUAAAUCAAAAAAAGGAGAUUUACUGCACGUUUUUUAUCAGGGUAGUUUUCCUUCUGGAGAAAAGUUCGAUAGCAAUUUUAAUGGAAAGCUUUUUACAUUUACUUUAGGGUCAGAACAGGUUAUCAAAGGUUGGGACCAAGGUUUAAUAGGAAUGUGUAUUGGUGAACAGCGAAAAUUGCUGAUUCCUCCACAUUUGGGAUAUGGAACCAGGGGGGCUCCUCCAAAAAUUACGCCAAACCAGCCGUUAAUUUUCUCAGUAGAAUUGGUCAAUAUAGAACGCAAAAAUCCUAAAUAAUUUAUUUUUAUAUAAAUUUGAUUUCAAUGAAAAAUAACACAAAACAUAAAAUAAAAAUAAAUAAACUAC